CUAAGAGACUGAGGAUGAAGAACCCCUUUAGGAUUUGUUUGCAGAUGCAGACCCUGAGGGAGCUGACCAGGAAGAACAGGGAUUUCAGAGACUCCAUUGCACUUCAGGUGGACCUCAAGGCUUUCAUAUUCACCUCACAUUAUCUGAGGACAGAUGUCGCUAGCAACAUGUUCUGUGAAAUCUCUGAGAACCAGGUCAUGCAUGUUUUUCCACCAUCAGGUACCUGGCCUAUUUCCCUGGGGAACCAAACCCCCCCCAGGGAACCUGUGAAGCCCUGA